GUGCUCUCGAACCGAUAACCUCAAAUUGAAAUAGUAUCCCUAUUCAUAAAUUUCUCAGCCUCUGUUUUACAAAGUUUAAUUUAUUUCCUUUUUGUUUGAUUUGAGUGCGUGAGAUGAAGAAUGAGGAUUUAUUUAUUUUUUUCCACUUUUUCUUUGCGUGGUAUUUCACUCAGCUUUCUGCUUUUGGCAUUUCACUGAUGGAAAGCCUCCUGGGUCUUCAUUUGCCUUAAUCUCCCAGCCUAGCUAUUUUUGUCUGUAAGAUGAAGUGAGAGUAAAGAGAAAUUAGUAAGGUGUUUUUUUUUGUCCCCCCAAAUAAUUUUCUUUCUUUCUUUCUUUUUUAAUUUCAGACAGCUGAUACUCAUUUUGGAACUCUAUAAUCCCAAUGAUGUUUAUGAUUACUUAAUGCAUAUUGCCUUAAAGUUGUGUGCAGAUAAAGUUUCUGAAGUUCGGUGGAUCUCCUUCAAACUAGUGGUGGCCAUUCUGCAGAAGUUCUACUCCCACAGUGAGCGCGCACUGGGGUUAAAUUUCAUCAGUGAGCUCAUCGUAAGGUUCCGGCACUGCGCUAAGUGGGUUGGAAGGCAAGCUUUCGCUUUCAUUUGUCAGGCGGUGGUGAACGAGGAGUGCAUCCCUGUGGACCAGUUUGUUGAACACUUGCUCCCCAGCCUUUUAAGCCUUGCCUCAGAUCCUGUGCCAAAUGUGAGGGUUCUGCUGGCCAAAGCUCUGCGUCAGACGCUGUUGGAAAAGGCGUACUUGAGAAAUGCCGGUAACCCUCAUCUUCAAGUCGUUGAAGAGACCGUCCUGGCUCUGCAGUCAGACCGGGACCCAGAUGUGUCCUUUUUUGCCACCCUGGAACCAAAGCGGCGGAGCACCGCAGACAGGCCUGUGCUGGCAGAACGGAAUUAGCCGCCCUGGGAUCCCGCGCGCCGCGGCCACGUUGUUGGUGGCCACAUACCUCUCACCCCCGCUUGUCAGGGGUCUGACUGUGCCACACCUUCUGAGGGAAGAAAGAUUUCUGAAACUUUGAGGGCGGGCACUCAAAUGACCCCUUUCCCAUCUGCCGCCCCAGGGACUGCACCUGGGACGGGCACCACCCUCUGCGCCCCUGCCUGCUGAUCGGGAUGCCCGCGACAAGGCUGUAGCCCCAGGUGGCUAGCUGGGCACGGGGGUCUCCAUAGCAUCAGAUCGCCUUCUCCAUGACAGACUGACUAUACUAUUUAAAGCCCCCUUCCUCCCAAAAUAAAGUAGUUUAUUAGGAGCUUUUAAGUCUUUAAGAGACUUGCAUAUUUGGCUUCCCUCAUGCUUUCCUGUAAAAUAUAGUUUAUGGUAUUACAUUUUAUUUUUAACUGAAAUAAUGUACAUAUGUAAAUAACUCCUGACAGGAAGAAAAUAUAUUAACGUAAUAUUAGCCUCCUAUCAGUGAACAGAACAAAUACAUCAUUUAAAUUUAUGCUCCACUUUGAAGUGCUGCAAAUAUAGCCCAAUUUGUUUACUUUUGAAAAAUGUGAUAGUUAAGGAAAUCUACUAAAGAAUGAUUUAUGGCAGUCUUUCUAAUGUUGUACUUUUGUAUAAACUGUACUUGGAACUUUUCCUCAGGCACUUGUCCCUCCCCUUCUUGCGGUGACUGUAUUCAUAAAGCUGUACUGGCCUUUGACAGAGGCAGAAAGUAGAAAGAUUUUUCAUUCUUACAUGGAUUUAUUAUCCUACGUUUAAGAAUGCAGGAGGGAAAUUGAUCAUUGAGAUGCACGGAUACUGACUUUAUAGCUAAUGCUUUAGAAUCUUUAACAGACUAGGAACCCACAGUUCUGAUCAGUCCAUAUACUUGUCAGGGAUUUGGGAGUUAAAUUAUGACACUCUUCAAUUUGACUUAAGUACACCGAAUUUAGAUUUCAUGCUUUUAAAAUUUAGACUAAGAUGCUCUAGAACUUAAACAGGGUUUUUGUGAAUAAUUUGAGAUUCUAUAAACGUUUCAUUAAGUUCUGUAUAACAUGUAGGCUCAUGUUAUUUUUCUUGCUUCUAUUUUUAAUCUUCUUGCAAGCAGGCAUAAAGGAAGGAAGGAGUGGCCCAUUUGGGGUUCAAGAGCUGGCCGCAAAGGGCAUGUUGCUAUUGCCAUUCUUUCCUUGGAUCUUUUUCUUGUCUGUCUUGUCUUUUCUUUCUCCCUUUUUUAAAAAUAAAAUUUUUGGAGCUAUAUAUUGAAUUUCCUGGUAUACAGGAUGUUGUCCCCCUCCCCCAAAUUCCACUGAGCUGAUUCUUUAAAAAGAAAGGAAGGAAUCUAUACUGUGCCAAAGAAAAUAAGGUACAUGUGUGAGAAUUUCAAAUUGUAACCCAGCGUAGCAUUUGGGCAACUCCAGCAGAGCGUGAGCUAAUAAAUUGUGGAGGCUACGUAUUAAGAGAAACAAAAAUCAAUCAGUCCAUUUUGUGUUCAAUACUUGCCUAAAGUAAAUAGAUGGAGACAUUGUUUUGCUUCAGUAACAAACAAUUUUUAAUUUUUUUAUUGUCUAGAAAUUGCGAUUGUCAUAUUGUUAAAAUCUGUUGACCUGGCAGCAAGUAGAAUUAUUCACCUGGAAUUUUGUAUUCUGUGCAGACCUUCACUUUCCAUUAAGGAAAAAAAAAAUAACCUCAGUCUGUGUUGUGAUGUGUAGAAUUUGCAUGCUGAAACAAAUGUGCUUGUAGAGACUCUGGUAAAAAAAUCCAACCUUAAAAAGUUCAGCUUAUACACUAAAAAUGGUCUAUAACUUAAUAUGAAUGCCUUUCCAGUGCAAA